UACACACAGGACAACCAGAAGUAAGAUUGGAAAUACUAAAAGGAGGCUUUCCCCUUGGAAGUAAGAAAGGAAGAGCUCCAGCACAGAAGCUUUGCUGCAGAGGCCAUGGGUUGCUGGAAGCAAGAAAAAACCAACACCUGGGCUUUUCCCACCCUGAUCCUCUGCCUCUAUGGAUUCUUCUACAUGAUGAAACCAUCAGAACCUUUCCUAACACCCUAUCUAACAGGACGAGAUAAAAACCUGACCACAGAUGAGGUUACCAACCAGAUUUUCCCAGUUUGGACAUACUCCUACCUUGCUCUCCUUUUCCCAGUGUUCCUGCUCACAGACUAUGUGCGCUACAAGCCCGUCCUCCUCCUGCAGGGCAUCAGCCUCAUCAUCACGUGGCUCCUGCUGCUCUUUGCACAUGGAGUCAUGGCCAUGCAGGUGGUGGAAUUCUUCUAUGGCAUGGUGACAGCCACCGAGGUGGCCUAUUAUGCCUACAUCUACAGCGUGGUCAGCACCCAGCACUACCAGAGGGUCACCAGCUACUGCAGGAGUGUCACUCUGGUGGCAGCCACCGUGGCCGCCGUGCUGGGACAGCUGCUGGUGUCCUUAGCACACGUCUCCUACUUCUACCUCAACGCCAUCACCUUGGCUUCCGUGUCCCUGGCAUUCCUGUGCUCAUUCUUCCUGCCCAUGCCCCAGAGGAGCAUGUUCUUCCACAGGAAAGACACCCCUGAGCCUCUCCCAGGGGCUGAUAAAGGGGUGGCUGCAGGCGGUUCCCACAGGCCCUCGAGCUGCCAAGAGGAAAAGAGCCCCAACCCUGCUGCCAGGGGCCCGACCCCCCAGCCCCAGGCUGGGAAUGCCAGGCCUCACAGUCACAUGCUCAGCGUGCUGCUGCAGCUGGCCAAGGACCUGAGGGAUUGCUACAGCUCCCGCAAACUCCUCUACUGGUCCCUGUGGUGGGCUCUGGCCACGGCCGGCUUUAACCAGGUCGUGAAUUAUGUCCAGGUGCUGUGGGACUUCCGAGCCCCGUCCCACAGCUCCGCAGUGUACAACGGAGCUGUCGAAGCAAUAGCAACGUUUCUGAGCUCAGUAACAUCUUUCCUAGUACAAUAUAUGAAGAUUAACUGGGACCAUUUUGGUGAACUGGCUUUAGGGAUCUUCUCUGCAAUAGAUGCUGGUUGUCUGUUUCUCAUGCACUUCUCUACCAACAUCUGGGCAUGUUAUGCUAGCUAUCUCAUUUUCAAGGCAUGCUAUAUGUUCCUCCUGACAAUAGCAACGUUCCAGAUCGCUGUCAAUAUGAGCAUGGAACGCUAUGCCCUGAUGUUUGGAUUGAACAACUUCAUUGCCCUGCUGAUUCAGACCAUUCUCACAAUUGUUGUUGUAGAUUCAAGAGGUUUGGGACUGGACAUGGUGACUCAGUUUUUAAUUUAUGGCAGCUACUUCGCAGUCAUACACGGGAUUUUCAUGAUCAGAAGCAUUUGUGUGCUGGUCUCAUGCAAAUGCCAAAGGAAAAUAGCGAGAUCUUGCACAGAGCAGCUGAACCAGGCUGAGCACGAGUCAAGAGAGCAGAUUGUCACAAGCUCCAUGACACAGCUGUAGGAGGCAGGCUCCUUGGCCAGGCCCUCCUGGGAGAAGGAUUCCCAGCAGAGAAGAAGAGCAGCAUGCAGGGAACAGCAGUGCAGGAAGAACAUUCAACUCAGCCCUGAAAAGCUACGCUGAAUCAUUCCAGCUCUUCAGCACAACAUAUGCCAGCAGAGAGCUCACCAGAAUGGCACUCUGCCAAGAAUAAAAGAUAAGUUCCUUUAGAUUCUUGUUUACAUGCCUAUAAAUAGCUUAAGGGCAGUAAUUUAUACACAGAAUCAGAGCAACCACGUUUGCAUCCCCUUGUGCACGACGGCAGAGUGCAGAGUUCACCCUGCCCUGCUCAUUGUAGCUCUGAAUGUGGCGCUGGCAAAGCUGCUUCCAUCAUAUUUGCUGAUUCAGUGGCUGAAGGGUCUGACCCCCCCCUCUACACAGCCCUCGUUCUGAACCAAGGAAGUGUUUGCAUCAUUAUAUUCUUUCAUACCCAGUACAGGCAGAUGGGGCACAGGCUCCUCCUGUCUCAUCCCACACCUCUGUGCAUACAGCCUGCAGAAAGCAGGGCUUGCACAACCCAUCCCGGGAGCUUCACUGCAACACUGUUACGCUACGGUUGUUGCCUCGCCCACAUUUGAGAGCUGCAAACACUGUACUGGCUUCACAGCAACCUCUGCCGAAGAGGGAAUAAUUUCAGGGUCCAAAAAAAAAGAAAGAGCACCACUCCUUUGCUUGUGCUUCCAAUAAAUUUAAAUUCAGGUCUGACUGUCUUCCUCUUUCAGCAGGAAAAGAAAAAAUAUCAAGGGGCUUAAGUAGCACAGACUAAAACCAGAGAAGUACACUGUGAAGAAAUAUAGCUGAUUCCAUACAGGAAAAUUGCAGAUUAAUAGGAAUAUCCAAGAAGAUUUGUAACUGAAAUAAACAGCUAGCUUCGUGUGCUUUUGAGUGCCAAGUGAGGGAGGUCCACUGGUCUUGCCCAAGAAUUUGGCAGGAUCAGCAUCUCAGAGUUUGUCAAGAAGCUUCAAAUCCUACAGCUAAUUUAGUCCAAAAGACAGUCCAGGAGAAGAAAAAAGAGACUAGAAAUUAGUUUGCAUAGCGAAUGUCUAAUUUAAUAUGAACUAUAUCCAUAUGCUAAAGUUAUUUCUGUACUGCUGUUUGUUUCUAGCUUCCAAUAUCUACAUCUAACUAAUAAAAAAAAUGCUUAGCAUUUACAGAAUAAUA